CGCGCACAGUCGCAAUCCUACCACAGGGUGCUGCCGGUCGACACCCCGUGACGUCCCCGUGAGCGUGCUUCAGCCACUUCUCCAGCGGUCCUGCUUCGGACGGUGUGCGCGUCCAGGUGUUGCCGACUUCCUCAAUUCUUCCUAGCAGCAAUAAUGCGAGAUGCAGCGGUGGCGGUGUCGGCCAGGUUUCUGGGGGCCGUGUUGUUCGUGUGCUGUCUGCAGGCCAGCCUUACCGUGGCCCUGUCCGACGAGACGCCCAUGAAAUCCAGCAACGACAAUCCACAGAUGGACUAUGACAUGUCGAAGCGAGACUGGAACAAAGACCUGCACAUCUGGGGCAAACGCGGCUGGAAUAACCUCCACGAUGGGUGGGGCCGCAAACGCAGCGUACCAUCAUGGGCAGACCAAGCCGACAAGCGCGCCUGGCAGAACCUGCACAGCGGAUGGGGCAAACGUUUCACCCCCGAAGACGAAGACACCCUCAGGCAACUCGUCGCCAUGAUCGACCGCGUGGACCCCCAAUAUGAUGAGUACGACAACGAUCUGGAAGCUAACGACGACGACAAGAGGAACUGGGGGCAGUUCCAUGGCGGCUGGGGCAAGAGGAGCAAUUGGGGCAACUUCAGAGGUUCUUGGGGCAAACGCGAGCCAGCCUGGUCAAACCUGAAGGGCAUUUGGGGCAAGAGGUCGCAGGAUCAGAUCGCUCAGUAAGCAGGUGGAGAGAGGGCGAGAGGUGGUAAUGUGGAGACUGGGUGGGGUUGAUGGGCGGAGUUAUGAAGUGUCGAGUGGUGGUUUGUAACUUCACCCGUCAAAGUCGAGUGCGUCUACUAUAUCUAUUUAUUGCUUUAGAAAUACUGUGUGGUUUUCUUCAUAGAUUCUAUUCUGUAUAUAUCUCUAAUGUGGUUGUAACUAAUUUGGGUUCCAUGUUACCACUUUCUUUUCCGCUAGUGGCGAUUUUGGGAAGUGAGACUGUACCACCUUUUAGGUAGAUUAGAAUAUCUCAACAUCCAAAUACAUCUGAUUUAUUUUAAGGAUUUAUUGUUAAUUGGGUGAUAUAAGCAUUACUUAAUCAUUGUACUGUAUUAUAAUAAUAUAAUGUUACUAUUAUUAAGAUUCAAAUGCGUUGAGUAUUUUUGGGAACAUUUGUAAUUAUACCGACUAUUAUGUAAUGACACUGUAAUUAUUUAUGUGAGAAAAAUAAAUCUGUAUCUAAGCA